UAACAAAUAAAACUCUCCAGUUGGAAGAUAAGGCAGCGACGAAAACAUUUCUUUGUUUAUAAAAACGCACAAUAUUAAUAACAACAACAAUUACAACGCAAUUGCAUCGCGCCAUUUUGGAUAUGCGGAAAACAACCGCCAACAUAAAUAGAUACAAUUACAUUUACUGAUUCUCUAAGGUCAAAUGAGAUUUUGAGUUUGCAAUUCAAUGAGCAGACUUAUUUAUGUAUCAUAAUAUAUCGAAAUAAUUUGCCAUAGAUAAUUGCGUCGCUGAUUCACUCGAUUUGCGACAGCACUUUUUAAUAACAUAAGUACCCUUAUCAGUGUGAGCUAUUAAAUCACAAACGACUCGUCGGUAGUUAAUUGAGGAAAUUUCGUUGAGUUAUUCACUUAUUUGCAAGCCAACAUGAAGCUCGGACAUUGUGCAGCACUAUUCGGAUUGCUGCUCUUCGCAACUUUGUUCAGUGCUGGGAACUGUCUUUGGCCCUUUAGCCGCAAAUCAAAUACUCCGCCUACGCCUCCAAAGGAACCUCAGUUAUCGCCUGUUAUAUUUGUGCCAGGCGAUGGCGGAUCUCAAGUCGAGGUGCGUCUAAGCAAAUCGUAUUCACCAUAUUUUAUUUGCGAGAAGACGCACGACUGGUAUAAUCUAUGGCUUGAUCUGGAACAAUUGGUCAUACCGAUGGUCUACUGUUGGGUGGACAAUGUCAAGCUCUACUAUGACAAGGCAACGCGGACAACACACAAUUCACCUGGUGUCGAGACACGCAUACCCGGUUGGGGUGAUCCCGAUGUUGUCGAAUGGAUAGAUCCAACCCUAAACAAAGCGGGUGCAUAUUUCAAGGAUAUUGGCAACUUACUCGUUAACAUGGGUUAUGUGCGACGUAGAAAUAUACACGGAGCACCCUAUGAUUUUCGCAGGGCGCCAAAUGAGCUGCAGCAAUUUUUUAUUGAUCUCAAGCAGCUUGUGGAGGACACAUAUGAGGCAAAUAAUCAGACUGCCGUCACUUUCAUAACACACAGCAUGGGCAGCCCGAUGACGCUGGUCUUCCUGCAGCAGCAGACGCUGGAGUGGAAGACACGAUAUGUGCGAAGACAGAUAAGCCUCGCUGGCGCUUGGGCAGGCAGUAUUAAGGCCGUUAAGGUGUAUGCCAUGGGCGAUGAUCUGGAUUCGUUUGCAUUGAGCGCCAAGAUUUUGCGCGAUGAACAGAUUUCGCAUCCGUCAACGGCAUGGCUGUUGCCAUCGCCACUGUUCUGGAAGCCAUCGGAAGUGCUGGCGAUGACGCCAUCAAAGAAUUACACCAUGGCACAGCUGGAGCAGUUCUUUACGGAUAUUGACUACAAGACUGGCUGGGAGAUGCGCAAGGAUACGAUGCGCUAUACACAAAACUUUAGUCCACCCGAUGUUGAGCUGCAUUGCAUCUAUGGCGACGGCAUCAGCACAGUCGAAAGAUUGCAAUACAAAAAGGACAACAUUGCCGGAGAAACCCCCAAGUUAAUUAUGGGCGUGGGUGACGGCACCGUUAAUCAGCGUUCGUUGCGUGCCUGUCAACACUGGUCAGGCCAGUCAAGCUCUCAGAUAUCCACACUGGCCCUGCAAGGUGUCGAUCACAUGGGCGUUCUAACAAACCAGGAUGUCUAUCAAUACAUACGCACUGUUAUGCAACAGCCAUAAUCUACUUCAGAACCCAAAACAAAAAAAAACAACAGUGUUUGUCUGUAAUUUGUGUGCAAUAUUUCCCGAUCAAAUGUUUGCUUAUAAAAAUAAUGUUAAUCGAAAUGGGGCGGCUGUAGCUCGGCCAAAAAUAUGACGACUUCUUAAUGUUAAUUAAAUAAAGUAUUUAAGUAGGUAA